UUCUUUUUAAUGAGGAAUUCAUUUAAGAAAUUUGGCUUUUGCAUGUGUGUGUGUUUAUGAAUCUUAGGGUCAAAGACAGCCAAGCAUCUGUUUAGUGUCCAUUAACUCUAAUGACGCAUCCCAUUAAUCAACAAUGUCGAAACACACACAUAGGUUCAUCUCUCUUCCCACGCAUCUGUACUCAGUCAUCGGACUUUUGACGUCAUUCCAACCGGCACCUCUGUCCGAAGGUCCCCGUGGACCACUCUGGCUUUAACUAACCGCUCAUAUCCCGUAAUACAACAUUCUUCUCCAGGUCCUGCUCUUGGGAAAACAAGCUGCACAGGCGCAUCACUCUGCUCUGUCCAAGCCUCAAAGCCUCUGAAGGAUGUCUGAGGGAGACAUUACAGUGCUGCCAUUCGGACCUGCGUCUCUGGAUCUGUCCAGGCAGGAGCACCGGAAACUGACCAGGCUGUACAGCCGGAACGGAGGAUAUCACCUGAGGAUUUUACCUGAUGGAACCGUGAGUGGUGGGAGGAAGGACAACGACCCCUACGACACCCUCAGUCUGAAGGCUGUGAGUGUGGGCGUGGUGGUCAUCAAAGGUGAGAUGACAGGAAGGUACCUGGCUAUGAACAAAAAUGGACACCUCUACGGAUCACAAGCACUGAAUGAUGAGUGUUACUUCCUAGAGAAGUAUGAAGAAAACCACUACAACACAUAUUGCUCUCAGAAGUACAAGUGGUAUGUUGCCCUGAAGAGGAACGGCCAACCCAAAGCAGGACCAGACACCCACCAGGGUCAGAAGGCCAUCUUUUUCCUGCCAAGGCCUGCAGGCAACAUGUAAAGCAAGACGGCACCAGGAAACAUGGACAUGCUCACUGAAGUCUUUAAAUGCGCAUUAAUAGCAAAAUGUUACGCCGGGCAAAGUAUCCUAUUUAAAGUUCACUUAAAAUGAAUAGACUAGCCUGAGGCGAACACAUAAUGCUGUUUUUUACAGUUAGUUCAAGCUCUGUUUCAAAGUGUUUGUUUAUCCCUUUUUAUGCAGGGAAUAUGUGAUCAGGCUAUUUAAGCUCAUGUAACCAGCUUAUACAUGAUUAUCACAUGGAUAUGAAGUAAGAUCCAGAAUACUUUCUGCAUAUAAGCACAAGUACAGCCUCUCACAGCAGACAGAAAAUGUAUCAGUGCAUAACCGUCUUGAUAAAUGAGUCUUCACUUCGAACCCUGGUAUGAAAUACCACUGCUGGGAGACAGCAAUGGACGGCUUUUACAAAGACAUAGUUUUAUAAUUGAUCAUGUCUGGAACAAAGAAAACCAAUGAAGAAGAGAAUAUAAAAAUGUCGACCAUCUGGAUUUGAAUACAAAUUCAAAUAAACAAAGGUUUUUAACAUCUACAGUAGAUGGAAUAAGAGGAAUACUACAAUUAUUCCAGUUGCCUAACAGUAUGUCAGUAGGGUGGAUGAUUUGACAACUUUACUAGUGACUACUUUUAAUUUGCUAAAGCCUGUUUAAUGUGUAAUCAUAUUGUUAUUAUGAGCCUGGGUCAGCUGACAGUCUUUUUCAAGUCAAAUGUGAAAACUUUGUUUGAGUUAUCAGUGAAGUUAUUAUUGAGUUGUAUGUUGAAGCAAAGGAGGAACCAACCAGAUUUAACAUAACGGUGAGACCAAAUGCUCCAGUGUGGAUUAUUUGACUUUAGUUAUGAGGAGUCAGAGACUGACCAAACAUUGACCUUUCCUGUCCUAGUCCACAGAGGUUACACAAACUUCCUUUCACUAGGCCUCACAGUCCAACAGAGAUUUCUGCAAACCUAUUCCUUUCUCUUUUUGUUGGAACACAUGUUACUGUUACAUUUCACUAGGUUAAAUUACUAUUGUGAAUAUUUAUUUAUAACCUUUUAUUGCUAUUAACUUCACUGGACAUUGUAAUGGACAUUUUCAAAAUAAUUUAUACAUAUAUAAUGUUAUAUAAUGGUGAAGCAAAAAGUUCAUGUGAUCAACUUUUCACAAAGUAAUACAUAUUGUAUUCAGUGUAUUUAAAUGUAUGAAUUAAAAUCUGCAUUAUUACCCAUGAACAAAUAAAUUGUAUGUUUGAUUUGUCCGUAUGAUCAUUGUUCUUUCAAAAAACUGUGCAUUUAAAUAAAGGUUUAUUACUGUA